AAAAUAUUAUUAUUAUUAUUAUUAUUAUUAUUAUUAUUAUUAUUAUUAUUAUUAUUAUUAUUAUUAUUAUUAUUAUUAUUAUUAUUAGCUAUAAUAAUAACGAUAAUAAUACACUGGUAUACACCCUAUUUUCAUCCAUAUCUUUUCAUAAACCCUAGCAGGUUUUUUUCUUUUGAUAACAAAACUGCACAAAAGCACAAAAAAGUUGGACUUAAAUGGGCUUUAUGUCAUGGAUUUGUAAAAUGUGAAUUAUCAGUGUUUAUGUUUUCUACGUAUAUCAACGUUUAUUGAGAGUCAGAAAAUCAUUUGCACCUCAGACAUGAAAUCAGCUCUGCUGCAAAGACUAAUUUAGGCAAACGUGCAACUCUUUACUGUAAAUCCUUCACUUUAGAAUAUAUGUUUUCCAUAGCUGUGAGGCAGCUAUGAAAGUCAGUUUUAUCCUCAAGUGUUUGUCUGAUUUAUAAGGUUUUUCAAUAAUACACGACAGUAAAUGGAGAAGCAUACAAACUCGAAGCACCAUGUACAUCCUCUGUAAUAAUAUAUACACACAGUUUUAAAAAUCAAGCAUCAAGUCGGUCCCGUGUUCUGGUGAAUGAUUGAAAAUAUAAAUUUUUCUCUUUUGAAACAGUGCUUUUGAUCCAAAACGGGGUCUCCGUGUUCACAAUUUUGCAGCGGAAGAAGUGCGUGAUGUUUGCAGUUUUCUAUGUAUGUUCGGCGUAAAUCUGGCAGUUUUCUAAACGCACACUGAAGCUCUUGCAGGCUGUGCAGGUUUGGAUGUUCACGGGGAAGCGGACUGUCAGUGGUGGCAGCUCAUGCACUUUGAUUGUUUUCUUUUCUGAAUUUACAUAGUUUAAUAUUUCAGUUUGUAUUGUCGAGUUUGCUUUUGUGUACGUGCAGCCCUUUACCUGGAUGGAAGGGCUUUCCAGCAGCCAGUAUUCAUAUUUGGUAGCAACAGUGUUUUGUUUGUGAACAUUUAUCCUCUCAAGGCUCAUAUUUCAUGUGUACUCUCAGUUUAAGAUGAGCUGGAAAGCCUCUCCCACAUAAGUUUGCUUGCAUGGAGUAAACAACUUAGUUGAUUAGUUUUGCUUUAUAUACCGUGAUUUAAUAAGGAAAACACCAACGUAAGCCAGUCCGAACAGUGCUGGUGGUACCAGUGCCAUGCUUUCCAUUGGUUCCUGUUUACAUGAUGCCCACAGGACACGCCGUGAUUGGUGGCUCUUCACACGUGACCAGGCAACUUUGUACAUUUGACAGGGAGUAGGAGGGUUUUGUGGAGAUCAGAAAAACGACAGCGCGAUAAAAAUUAGUAUUGUUGCACUUCACAAAUUAAUGACCAUGAGUUCCUACUUGAUAAACUCCAACUAUAUCGAGCCUUCCUUCCCUCCAUGCGAGGAAUAUCAGCAGAGCGGAUACAUCCCCAACCAUGGUGAUUACUACGAGCGGCCAAAAGACACGGGCUUCCCUCAUCACGACGAGCAAUCCUAUCCGAGGUCAAACUACACGGAAACGGGCUACGAUUAUGGAAACGUCCCCGCAGCGGGACUCGACGAUUUUGGGGACGGGCACCACGCGCAGCAGCCGCCGCCGGUUCAGCAGAGCCACGGUCCUCGCCUCUCCGUUGCGCCAGACGGUGGCGCAGGGGCAAAUGCCAGCAAAGACUGCAGCCUCGCCAGUGACGUGUAUCCCGGCGUAGCGAAGGGCAAGGAGCCGGUGGUCUAUCCUUGGAUGAAAAAGGUCCACGUUAACACCGUCAAUGCCAGUUACAAUGGAGGAGUGCCCAAGAGGUCCCGCACUGCCUACACCCGCCAGCAGGCUCUGGAGCUGGAGAAGGAGUUCCACUUCAACCGCUACCUGACCCGGCGCAGGCGGGUGGAAAUUGCGCACACGAUGUGCCUGUCGGAACGGCAGGUCAAGAUCUGGUUUCAGAACCGGAGGAUGAAGUGGAAGAAGGAGCACAAGCUUCCCAACACUAAGAUCCGCUCCUCCAGCUCGACCUCGUCUUCAGUCACAGGGGCCCAGCAGCAGCAGCAGAUCAAAACAGGCCAACAGCUCGUCCCCACGCCGUGCACUGUUGGCCUAUAGUGCACAAAUGUAACCCCCCACCCCAACGACGCGAUUACAAAAAAACAAAAAAAAAAUCCAACCCAGACUGAGAUGGCAAACCAUAAAAGUGGAGUUUGAUGGACCGAUCUUCAGUAUUUUACACGCAUGGUGUUUUCUCUGUCACCUUGCCUCUGCCAUUGGGCUCCUGUCACGUCCUUUGUACCCUUUUCCCUCUGCGGUCGUCCCUUCCAUAUAAGCUUGAAAUACACCUUUAAUGGCCACGGUGGCAACUGAAGUGUCUAUAUAUUUGUUUAUUCUGAACGAAUUCAACGCACAUUCAAAUGUUGGACUUGGAGCAAAGUGUAGCCUAUCAUUACAGUUAAAGCUGAGUGAGGUGAAAGCAAGUUUGAAUUUCAUUUUUUUAAGUGCUAUCUUUUGUGAUUGUUAUUCUCUCUCUUUUUUUAAAAAAUUACUAUUGCUCAUGGAAAGUUCUAAUAUACUUGAAAGUUAUUUAGCGAGACUGUAGAUGCCUUUUAGAAAACCGGACGGCUGCUUUAGAAGAAUGGCAUCAUUCAGAUCAGCAAUGUAGUCUGUGUGUUUGAGUGGGUUGGUUUUUAUUGUUGAAUGUAGUCCAAGUGACUUUCACAUCAAAUGUACAUAGACAAAUCCUACCUAAUGAAGGCACAAUAAGGAAAGCGUUUCGUCGAGUUUCGUCGGUGUUGUAAGGUCUAGUUUUCAUUUUGUGCCAGUGCGUCCUAUGUUGUGCUGUGUUCCAAACUGUGAAUAUUUGUAUGUGUUGUCUCAGUAAUGACUGUUGUAAUGUAGGCUAGCGUAGGUUAAACCUGUCCUUGUGAAAUAAAUAUGUGGUUCACUUACAAGGCUGGCAUGGUCUUGGACAUUUUGUCACCGCAAAAUAUUGAUUUUUCGAGCGCAACAGCCUGAUUUUUGAUGCCGUUUUGUUUACUCGCGUUUAAAUGGCUAGUUUUAAUUUUGUUUACUAUUUAUACAUAUUAUU